AUGAAUACCUUGACUAUUCUAUUACUUGCUACAGCAGUAGUUUCAUGUAUUGCUCGACCAUCCGAUAUGCCAAACUGGUUGGGUACAUUUACGCUCGACGAUAGUUGCAACCAAGCUGAAUGCUGUUGUUUAACACAACAAGCAACUAUCUCAAAAAUUCGUGAUACUCAACUAUUGAUUACAGCAAAUGUUGCCGGUGCCCCGUGUCGAGAGCAAUUGAACGGUUCGACAACGAUCUCAGUAGCAAUUCCCAUUCCUCAGGAUAAAGGAGGCUAUCAAAUCACCACAAAUUUUCUUGGCACCAAUAAUCGAUUCACCCUCAAUUCUGACAGUCAAUAUAUUGCCAAUGUGAAUGUUCAAUUUCCCAAAUGUAGCGGCUCAGCACAACGAUCAGUCAGCAAUUGGGUCGGAACAUUUAAUGUCGACGAUAGUUGCAAUCAAAACGAAUGCUGUUGUCUAUCGGAUAAAGUCACAAUUACGAAGAUAAGCGAUACACAAUUGUUAGUAUCAGCUCGUGCAGUAGGUCAAACAUGUCCAUCAGAAUUGAAUGGCUCUGUUGAAAUACCAAUUCCAAUCCCGCAAGACAAGAACGGCUUCCAAACUACAGUCAACUUUCUUGGCAGUAUGAAUCGAUUUACAUUAACCUAUGAUAAUCAGUACAUUGCCAAUGCUAACUUACAAUCUCCUAAAUGUAGUGGUAUGGCGCGACGAGCAUAA